GGCUCUUGUUCUAGCAAAGAAAUUGUUGAUUUCUUUUUAUUUUUAAAUUUUUAUUUAAUCUAAACUAGAAAAAAAAAUAUACAAAUAUUUAUUAAAAUAAUAACAUAUGUCUGAAAGUAAAUCUAAAUCGAAUGCUUUAAUUCCAAAGCAAGAAAAUUUACAAUGUAAAAACUUACAAGAAUAUUUAAAAACACGUCCUGCGGAUUUGCUGGAGAAAUUGUAUAAUUAUCCUUCAAUAUGUUUAGCUGUUUACAGAGAACUACCAGAAAUCGCUAGGCAAUUUGUAAUACGAAUAUUAUUUGUGGAACAACCAGUUCCACAGGCCGUUGUUUCUUCAUGGGGCUCACAACAUUAUGCAAAAGAACAAGCAGCAGCUACAUCAAUUUUAACAGAAUUAAAUGUAUGGCAAAGCGCAGCUAUACCAGGUGGAUUACCUGCUUGGGAACUUUGUACAACGUUUAAAAAGAAUUUAAAAAUCGCAUUGCUUGGGGGUGGGCGUCCUUGGUCAAUGAGUUCACAAUUAGAAGGUGAUCCAAGGCAUAAAGAAAUUUCGUUUUUAGAUAAUUACGCAAUGUCAAGAUGGCGAUGUGUCUUACAUUAUAUGGUUGGAGCUGGUUCGUCAAUGAAAGGGCAAGAAAAUGAAGGUAUAAGUCCAGAUGCAGUUAGAAUUUUAUUACAUGCAAAUUUGAUGAAAAGAGAUGAACGUGAUGGAGCCCCAAGUAUAACCAGACAGGGGUUUCAAUUUCUUCUUCUAGAUACACAGGCUCAAGUAUGGCAUUUUAUGCUGCAAUAUUUAAAUACUUGUGAGGAACAUGGAUUAAGUUUACCUGAAUGUCUUUCUAUGUUAUUUCAAUUAAGUUUUUCAACAUUAGGGCGCGAUUAUAGCUCUGAAGGGAUACCUCCGCGCAUGUUAACAUUUUUACAACAUUUGCGAGAAUUUGGUCUAGUUUAUCAAAGAAAACGUAAAGAAGGACGUUAUUAUCCAACAAGGCUUGCUUUGAAUAUAACAAAUAAAAAUUCUGUUGUUCCAGCCGUAAGUACAGAUGAAGAAAACGAAAAAUCCCAAGAUAGUGGUUAUAUUGUAGUUGAAACUAAUUAUAGGGUUUAUGCAUACACUGACUCAAACCUUCAAGUUGCUCUAUUAGGAUUAUUUACAGAAUUACUUUAUCGUUUUCCAAAUUUAGUUGUUGGUGUGUUAACUAGAGAUUCAGUAAGAUCUGCGCUUCGUGGUGGCAUAACGGCUAGUCAAAUAAUAAGUUAUUUAGAACAAUAUUCUCAUCCAAAUAUGAUCAAGAGUCAGGCAGAAUCUGCUAUUUCAACGAAAUCUCAAUUACCACCAACAGUUGUUGAUCAAAUAAAAUUAUGGGAAAAUGAAAGAAAUCGUUUCACUUUUACCGAAGGUGUUGUCUAUAACCAGUUUCUGUCACAAGCUGAUUUCAUUACUCUUAGAGAUUACGCUCAAUCAAUUAACGUAUUAGUAUGGCAAAAUGAAAGAAACAGGAAUAUGGUUGUGACGAAAAAUGGUCAUGAUGACGUCAAAAAGUUUUGGAAAAAAUAUUCAAAAGGUGGUGGUUAAAUUAAUAAACUUUGUUAAAUUUAAACUCAUUAUUAUUGAUAAGGUUAGAAAUAUAAGAAGAAAUUACAUAGAAUUUUUUUUAUUUGAUAA